AGUCUUCGCCAAAUUUCCCAGAGGACCAUAAGCACUGCUUCACGCAGGCAGUUUGAAAAUAGAGUUCAUGAGAAGCAGAAGCUUUUUCAGGAGGAUAAUGGCCUCCCAGUGCAUCUUAAAGGUGGUAUAAUGGAUGCUCUGCUGUAUAGAGUCACCAUGGGUCUUGCGGUUUUUGGAACAGCCUAUGUUGUUUAUGAGCUGCUUGUCGCUUCAAUGCCCAAGAAGCAGAAAUGAUUCCAGUUCAAGAUGCCUCAGUGACUAGCAUCUCUUCGUCCAAUUCCAUGUGACUAUGAUGGCAGCUUAUACAUCCUAUAAGCAGCUGGCUUAAUGCUUGGAAUCAUAAUUUAAUUGUAACAUGUUAACUGCAAUCAAUAAAGCAGUUUUUACGUUGUGU